AUAUCACAAUCAAAUUCUCUACAAUUUUAUUCUCUCUCUUUCUCAUCUUAUUCAUCAUCAUCAUUAUCUAGUCUACUCAUAAUAAAUUUGUUUAUAACUUAAUAAAAGUAAUUAAUUUGAAGAAAUGGAACACUUGUUGGGUUUGCUAAGAGUUCGAAUCCAUAGAGGCGUAAACCUUGCGGUACGAGAUGUCAAUACGAGUGAUCCUUAUGUUAUUAUCCGUAUGGGCAAACAGAAAUUGAAGACUAGAGUGGUGAAAAACAACGUCAAUCCUGUGUGGGAUGAAGAUUUGACUCUUUCUGUCUUAGAAGCUCUACCGGUUAAACUUGAAGUAUACGACCAUGACACGUUUAGUCCGGAUGACAAGAUGGGAGAAGCUUCAUUUGAUAUCCAGCCAUUCUUGGAAGCUAUUCGGAUGCGUUUAGGGAGUCUGCCAAACAACACAAUCAUCACAAACGUCAAACCAACAAGGACCAACUGUUUGGCCGAAGAAAGCCACGUAAUAUGGCUAGAGGGAAAAGUUGUCCAAAACAUGGUUCUUAGGUUGCAAAAUGUCGAGUGUGGCGAGGUCGAGAUUCAACUCUCGUGGAUCGACAUUCCAGGCUCUAGAGGUCUUCAUUAAUUUGUCUAUUAUUAUUAUUAUAGUUCUUGGCUUGUCUUGUAAAUUUAUGAAACCCGAGCUUUUUUCUUUUCUUUUCUUUUUAUUAAUCCGUUCGUCUUAAUUAUGAUAUUGUCGACGAUAUUGGGAUGUUAUGUAUGUAUAAGAGAGUGUGAGAAUAUGUAAGAUGUUAAGUUGCCAAUAAUGUCAAUCUUAAAUCGAUAAA